AUGUUUUAUUUCUCAAAAUAUACUGCGUCGGGUUGGAAUCCUCUCCAAGGUCCCUGCAGACGUGCACGUUCACAGACCGGCAGACAGAAGAAGGUCGCCAUGGACAGGAAUGGGUAUGAUCUGCGGAGAGUUUGCGGCCACGGAAACACACCAAAGAAUACAAGCAAGGUUAACAGAGGCACUGAAGUUCUGCCUGAGUCAGCGGAGAAGCUACAAUCAUUCGAUACCACCAUGACGUUUCACAAUGAGACGCACUGCUUUAAACCAAUAGACAAAAAAGAUGUUGACAUUAUCAAUAUAAAAGGGAUUGAAGAUAUAGGAUAUGUGCAGCCAGAAUCCAUGAUUUUGAACACCUUUACAGCAGACCCGGAUGCUCAUCAGACUACUGGCUUGUACUUCCAAGAUGGAAAGCGCCACGUGGAUUAUGUGUUGGUGUAUCAGUACAAGAAAUCAAGCCGCAAAGGGUUAAGUUCACGCCACCGGGGUUCAGUCGGUAGUCGGCAGCAGGAUCUGGACCUUGAUGGCAAUCUGCAGCCAGUGGAUUUCCCGGAGGAUGACCGGAGACUGCGCCGGGAAGAGUUUGAACUAAAUCUCCUUGAUGCUGGACUGGAACUGGAGAGUGAUGAAGAGACUAAAGCUUAUGGCCUAGGAUUUGUGAAGAUACACACCCCGUGGCACGUGCUCUGUAGAGAGGCGGAAUUUCUCAAGAUUAAGAUGCCCACUAAAAAGGUGUAUGAAGUAAAACAGAAAAGUGGGAUCCUCAGCAAAAUCUCAAAUAUUUUGUAUAAAAUGACUUCGCCUUUGCGACCAAAAGUGGAAGAACAGAACAAUGUUACAUACAAGCAUCUGUCCUAUCCCUUCUCCAGAGAGAAGAAGCACUUAUUUGAUCUUUCUGAUAAGGAUAACUUUUUCAGCAGUACAACAAGAAGCACAAUAGUUUAUGAAAUUUUAAAAAGGACAACCUGCACCAAAGCCAAAUACAGCAUGGGGAUCACCAGUCUUCUUGCCAGUGGAGUUUAUGUUGCAGCCUAUCCUUUACAUGACGGUCAUUACAGAGGAGAGUCCAUAGAAGAAAAUGACAGGAAGCUUCUCUAUGAACAAUGGGCCAGCUAUGGAAUAUUUUACAAAUACCAGCCACUGGAUCUCGUGAGGAAGUAUUUUGGUGAGAAGAUUGCAUUUUACUUUGCCUGGCUUGGAGUGUACACACAAAUGCUGAUUCCAGCUUCCACCAUCGGGAUCAUAGUGUUCCUCUACGGAUGUGCAACCGUUAAUGAGAAUAUUCCCAGCAUGGAGAUGUGCGACCACCGUGCCAAUAUCACCAUGUGUCCGCUGUGCGACAGGACCUGCAGCUACUGGAAGCUGAGCACCACGUGUGCGACAGCACGAGCAAGCCACUUGUUUGAUAACCCUGCCACGGUUUUCUACUCCAUUUUCAUGGCACUCUGGGCUGCCAUGUUCUUGGAACACUGGAAAAGGUGCCAAAUGAGGCUGAAUUAUAGGUGGGAUCUUACUGGAUUUGAAGAGGAUGAGGAACGAUUAAAGGAUCAUCCACGUCCUGAGUAUGAGGCUAGAGUUCUGAGUAAAGUUUUGAAAAAAGAGCUUCAAAAGAAAGAAGAGGCAGCAGAAGGCGUGGAGGAACACCCAAACAAAUGGAAAAACAGAGUUUUGAAUGCCAUGGCUGGGGUGAAAUUGACUGAAAAGGAGAAACUGACUUGGAGGGACCGUGGCCCAGCUUACCUGACAAAUAUAGUCAGCAUCCUUUUCAUGAUCGGCCUGACAUUUGCAAUCGUCUUUGGAGUGAUCCUGUAUCGAAUCUCCACGGCAGCGGCUAUGGCCGUGAGCCCUGAUCAAUAUGCCAAAGCUAAUGUCCGAGUCAUUGUCACGGCUACUGCAGUCAUCAUAAAUCUGGUGGUCAUUCUUAUUUUGGAUGAAGUCUAUGGUGCUGUUGCUCGAUGGCUGACAAAAAUUGAGGUCCCAAAAACAGACAAAAGUUUUGAGGAAAGGUUAAUUUUUAAGGCUUUUCUGUUAAAGUUUGUGAAUGCCUACACGCCAAUCUUUUACGUUGCGUUCUUCAAAGGCAGGUUCACAGGUCGGCCUGGAAAAUAUACAUAUAUCUUUCACAGCAUGCGCAUGGAAGAGUGUGCUCCAGGAGGCUGCCUGAUGGAGCUGUGCAUUCAACUGAGCAUCAUCAUGCUGGGAAAGCAAUUAAUACAGAACAACCUGUUUGAAAUAGGCAUUCCAAAACUGAAGAAGCUGAUUCGAUACAUAAAGGCAAAAAGAGAGGCCAAAUUGGAGGCAGAAAGCAACUGCAAGGUCCCUCGCCAAUAUGAAUCAGACUAUAACCUCGAGCCAUUUUCUGGACUGACUCCAGAGUACAUGGAAAUGAUUAUCCAGUUUGGAUUUGUUACGCUGUUUGUGGCAUCCUUCCCACUUGCCCCAUUGUUUGCACUGCUGAACAAUGUCAUUGAAAUCCGGCUGGACGCUAAAAAGUUUAUCUCUGAACUCCGAAGACCCAACGCGGCAAGAUCAAAGGACAUCGGUAUCUGGUACAACAUUCUCAGAGGCAUUGGGAAGUUGGCAGUCAUCAUUAAUGCAUUUGUUAUCUCAUUCACUUCUGACUUCAUUCCACGCUUAGUCUUCAUGUACUUGUACAGUCCGGACGGCACAUUGAACGGGUUCACCAAUAACACUCUGUCUUACUUCAACGUGAGCCACUUUGAACCGGGGUCAGAGCCACUUGAGCCAAUGGCACUUGGAUACAAGGUUGAAAUCUGCAGGUACAAAGACUACAGGGAACCUCCAUGGUCUUCUCAACCAUAUGACCUGUCAAAGGAAUUCUGGUCAGUCUUAGCAGCGAGGCUGGCAUUUGUCAUCAUUUUUCAGAACCUAGUUAUGUUCAUGAGCGAUUUUGUAGACUGGAUGAUCCCAGACAUUCCAAAAGAAAUCAGCGAACGCAUAUCAAAAGAAAAGUUAUUAUUGGUGGAGCUGUUCCUGAAAGAGGAGCAGACGAAGCUGCAAGUAGUGGAGGCACUUUCAUCGCAAGAGAAAGAGAGGACAGAGGAGAACUUUGACGAAUGUUCCACAGAAAAUCCAAUGGAACUGUCUGAACACUGCACGGCUGAAGCGGAUGCUUCCCAAUCCAAUUUUAUAAAUACAGAAAAGGAAGUAAUUUAGGGAACUGAUUUUAAAGUAACAAGUUUCUUUAGUUUGGGGCAUUCCACAAUAUGGCAAGCUGUCACUCUAACGGAGCAGCAAUAUCUUGAAGGGCACACCUUCAAUGGACAGCUUAAGUUUACUGUUGUUCAUGUUGCCAUUUUGAAAACAUUGAUGCUAGAAUCACUUUCUUUACAGAUGAGGUGGACCAUGACUUAACUGUAAAAAUAUCUAUUUUUACACAGUAAAAUGCAGGGAAUAUCACUGUUUUGUAUUCCACAGGAAUGUUCCAGAUAUUUUCCAUUUCUUACAUAAUAAAAGCAAAUUUAGCCUGAAGUUUUCUGUGGGGGUGGGGGGUAGGGGGUUAGAGCAACGUAGGCAAAAGUUUGAGCUUCUUUUGGCAAAAUUAUUUUAGGUUCUGUGUUUUAAAUUUGAUAUAAUUAGUCAGCAUUUGACUUUACUCUAUUCCUGCUUGGUUCUUUGGGUAAGGGAAGAUAUGCAGCUCUUGCUCCUUCUAACUCUUACACCCUCCAUCUAAAGCAACCACAGCUUGAGCAAACAACGCAAGUUCACUUCAGAUCGAGGUUUCCAAUCCGUAGGAACUCUCCACCAGCAAUUUGAAAGAGUGCCCAUUUUGGCUGAGAGGGAAACGGGGAAUACUGACAAGGAGCUAGAAAACUGUUUCUGUAGUCACAGUUAGAAUUAAUAACCCCAAAGCAGCUUGGUACUUGCCUAUCCUAUUACAGACGUACGUUUAUGUAAUUAAUGGAAAAUCCUGGAAUACUUUCCAUAGCAGUACUGUCCUUUUGCCUUCAUCAGCACUGCUAAAAUGAGCAUGUGAAUGAAAUCACGGCCUAGCUCGUGACAGGACUCGCCAAUGCCUGGAUAUCUUGCAAUCUCAAUUUCUUCUCAUGACAAUGUCAUCUGCCUUAUGGUGGUUUUUCACAGAAGGGCUCCAGAGUCUUUGUAGUUAGCUUCAAAUCGUGCACCUUAAUUUUCACAAAUGCCAGCAGGAUCCUGAUUGAAGUAUAAACCAUUUACUAUCUUGAGUAGAUAGGUCAUUAGCAUCCAGUGAUUUGAUUGGCUGAAUAAAGGGGAUUCAUUCCUGGUGGAGUCCCAAAUUCUAAGAAUUGUUUCUUACGGAAAAGUAGUGGGGACACGUUUUAGGAUCCCGAUCCAAACUGAGACAGAAUUGUAUUCAGUAGACUUUCUGGAUGCUGCUUCUCUGAUACAGGAGACUAAACUGUAUGAACAAAUACCUAGAGUCAUAGUUUGACAAAAUCCUUUCUUUUCCCUCCUUUCUUUACAUUUCUUCAUUUUUGCCCCCCACCCCCCCCCCCAACCUGCUGUAGGAAGGGAUCUCUCAACUAUUGAAUUAAGAUAGUGCCUUUGGCAAACUAUUACAUUGGGGACUGGGUGCGGUAGGGAGGGACAUAAUUUGAUUUAUUGUUUAGGCACUAGAUCAGAAGUGUAAUGUUAGGUUUCACAAAGCUUUAAUAUCAAAGUUAGAAAUGUGCACUAUUUAUGUAUCAUUUUUGAUUUUUAGGAAUUUAAGAGCACUUUAGUGUUUAAUGUUCUUGCAAUAAUAGAAAAUGUUGAAACACAAUAUUAUACAUUGUAUUUGGAGUGAAUUUCCCCAUGUAAAGGUUUUCAACCUGUAACAUGUACAUUGGUUAUAUGGAAUUUCCUUCUUUUAAUGCAUUAUGUAUAAUUACCUCAAUAUCAUUGCUUGUCAGUUGAUUUUUACUUCUGCAACAGUUCAUGCAUUUUUUUGGAUUGGAGCAUAUUUAUCUGAUAUUUUUCUUCCAUAGUUUUGCACUUCUCUACCCAGGACACUAUGCUGAGCUUUGAUGCCUGGUUCUAUCUGUGCGAUCUUUCUCUAUAAUGUAAAGUCUCUCAUUAUGCUUACAAAUUCUGGUAUGCAGUCACCUUGAGUUCCCCAUCUGCCAAUGUUUUUAUGUAAACUGGCCGAUUCUAAUAAUUCUGUCUGAUUUGACAGUCUUAAAAUUAAUAAACAUUUUAAUUGGUUCAUACUUUUCCCAAUAUUUUUCACACUGACUUGUAGCAAACUUGAUCAUCAGUUUAAUGCAUUGGUUAACUCACCAUCAAUCAACCCUAAACCAUGGUCAAAGCCCCACUGGAAAGCACAUUCUCCCAUAACCGCAUAGGAUGCACAAUUAAUACUCUCCUAGAUUACUUUAUAUAGGCUUGAGCACAUAUAGAGAUUUAAAAUUAAGUCCAAUUAAAUUAUCAAAGGCAAACUAAAAUACACCACAAAAAUCAAAAGAUACGCACAUUAGAUUAACUAUUUAAAACAAAAUGCUUUAAUAAUAAUAAUGCCAGUGUGUUUUGUUGGAAGUUAAAAUACAAUUGCUCCUUUAUAUGCGAAACAAUAGGGAAUAGUUGAAUGAAAGGCUUCACUCAGGUGAUUUUGGAAAAUUAUUUCCUUGAAUGGUGUACUGUAGUUCUUACAGAAACAUCUGCAUGAUGCUAAGCUAGGGCACAUCAUCAGUGAUGUUACCUGGGGUCGUCAGGUGUUUCAGGUCUUUCAACAUCAUACACCCUUGCCCAGGCGACCCGGCCCAUAAAGAAAAACAAAUGACUUGAAGUAGUUUCAUUUUACAUUUUUCAAUUUCUCUCUGAUUUUGUAAACACAUAGUAAUGACUUUUCCAGGCUUCUCAGCAUUGUCUGCCUUUGUGGGAGUAAGAAUAUUCAAGUUUAAAACUGGAGGGAGUGUUGUUUGGAGUUUGCGUGGAUGCCAUGUAGAACAGUCAGCCCAGUUUCCAUCACUGACCUCUCCCUCAUAUGGUCUUUAUGGUUAUGUUAACCCCACUGUUGUCUUGUUGCCACUUUCAACCUGACCCCCACUGAACAAAUUUGUAAAAACAUCUUCAACAAAAAGAUUUUUUCCCCAAUUUACUGUUUCUCUCUUUGGACCAAUUCUCCAACUGAUUUUUCCAUUAGAUCAAAUGGGUUGUCUGAAUGCUUCUUUAAAUGUCUUCCUUGCAUCAUACCGUGCCCCUUACUCCCAACCCUCCAAUGUAGGAAUUAAUACUGCAGGAGGUAAUUCAUCCAAAAUCAGAAUAUGAAGGAAUUUUUUUUUUAAUUCAAUAAUUCCUUUAUGUUCUUACUGUGGAGCAAUUACCUGUACAGUAAGAACAUGAAGGAAUUCAUGUCCUUGGGACAGAUUUGAUGCAAGUGUGAAAUGGGUGAUUUAUAAUUUGUUCCUGAGGUCAAAGCCUAAAGAAAGCAUGAAUUAAUAUGUUCAAAAUGCUUAGAGGACAGAGGGGAGCAAAAUUGAACUAAUUUGGCAGAUUUUUUAAAUUGGGGAAAAAGUCUAAAUUUCUCUAAACAUGAAAUUCUUAGCAACAUGUCAACAAGUCAAAGGCUGAAACCUGUUUGAGAAUGCGUUGGGUCAAGUGGCAUUUCUCAUGCACGUAUUCUGCACAGUUUGAAAGUUUGCUUGUAAGUAAUCAGUCAAAUUUACUCUUCAAUGAAUUUAGACGUUUUUUGAACAAGGUUCCCAGGGAUCUUAUUUAUAUAAUAAAAAGGGAGAGGGAACUUUCAGUUCUACUAAGUGCUGGAAGAGGAUUGUAAUGUGAAAGAUGCAUGUACAAUCAAUAGUUGCUAUAUUACUAUUCAAAUGCAGGGGCUACAGAUUCAGAUUUCCAUUCUAGUAGAGCACCUUGGUUUUCAAAACUGCUGUAGCUCUGAAGAUACGGAGCUCUUCGGUAUAGAUUUCUGCAUCACCUUCUGAAAGUGGUAUUUGCUUUGGAGUAAAUGUUUUAUUUUAACAUAUUUUUGUUUGUUAGAAAUUAUGGUUGGGACACUUUUUCACAGAUUCUCUUUCUCAAGAGGUACUCCUUAACAAAAAUGUGUACUUAGAUCACUUCUUUACACUCCACAAUACACAAGGGAGUGAAAAUAAAUAUGCUUUUGAAACAGAAAUCUAGCCUACUGUAUAUGCAAACAUUUCCAAUCACAUGUAUGUGUGUCGUGUACUUUUAUGCAAAAGUAUAUUCAAAAUUGUGAAAAAAUGGGAACCUGAAAAAAUUCAAAAGAUCCAUAAGUCUUAUCCUGAUAUACAAUAUAUAUAAAAUGAUUUAUGGUCCUUGAAUAUUAAGGGCUAUAAUUUGUGUCUCAACCAUAAAACCAUUUGACUGUUGGAAUGAAAUAUUGUUAAAAAACAAAUAUACAUGCAAUAACCCUACUUAAACAUACACUCAACAUUUUUUUUUUGCCAUGUUCAACUUGUUACCAGGGUCUCAAUGUUGUUCUUUACAUAAUCAGUAUACUAAUUUAGUCAAGUUUGUUGUAAGGAAUUCUGCUUAUAAGCAAUUACUUUUCUUGGUCUAAUGUGUGUCACAGGAAUACACUGUAGUGGUACACUAAUGAUUUUGACAAGUUUAUCUCUGUACACUAUGGGAAAAUAAUAUGAAUAAUGAAAAAGCUGAGAAAAAAAAUUAAAAGUUAGUUUUAGGGUUUUUAAUCUGACAUGUCUUUUAUCCUAUUUUGUGCCAUGGUUUCCUUCAUAUAUUCUGUAAUGAUCACACACCAUUCAAAGCAUUCAAAGAUUCAAAGUACAUUUAUUAUCAAAGUAUGAAUGCUGUAUACAAACCUGAGAUUUGUCUUCCCACAGAUAGCCACAAAACAAAGAAAACCAUGGGAAAUCACUUCAUAUUAACUUUGCUUCAUUACAGGGAAUGUGCUGUGCACGUAUGUUUCAGCUGUCAUCCUCCAAGUACAAUCUCUUAUGCUCAAAUGCCCCCAUUAUGUUCCCUUUUGGUGUUCAUUUCCCCAUUUCAAGUCAUUUUCCCUUAAGAAUUUAGCUUCUCAUUUAUGUCUACAUUCUUUUUGAAUGUCAAAAAUUCUUGCAUUGUUUUGUCAGUAGUAAUUGGAUUAAAUAAAAAAUUG